CGCACGUGAACUCUAGCGUGCGCGCCCGGGUGACGUCGCGUCGGUGCCGGGGCGUUGUCUGCGCGGCGCGCGUGCGUGCGCGCGUGCUCGUUUCGUCUGUGUGUGUGUGUACGUGCGUCCGUGUAUGUGUGUGUGGGUGUAUCCGCGCGUGCGUGCGUGCGAGCGAGUUGGUGCCAGUAGCCACGCACGGAGCAAAACUGCAGAAGCGAAAAAUCUUCCUCGGGAGUGCAGCGCGCGCAGCCGACUGGAUAACGGAGACCCUCACCUACACACUCGCAUCGCGUUACCUGCCUGCCUUGCUUACAUUCCUGCCCACCUACCAGCCCAUAUACCUGCCUGCCCCCCCCCCCCGCCUGCCGAGUUACCUUGCCAGUCGCUAGCGCGUGGAGAGAUAUGUCAGCUCGCACGAUCUAAAUUUCAGCACGUUCCGUACUCGACGCCGCGUCCAUAAGCAGUUGCAGAGUUUUAGUUCUGGCUGUGAAGGACGAACACAAUGGAGACUUCGUUUGUCAACUCCGAGUCGCGGUUCUCCGUGAUGGGCGAUGGAUCUCUGCAAGGAGGAGGAGGGAUGGAUUAUCAGGCGUUCAUGUACGGCGCACGAUCGAGGCGAAGCAUUAAGAGGGAAGAUAGCAAGGAGGGCUACAAGCUGCCGCACAGAUUGAUCGAGAAGAAGCGGAGGGAUCGGAUCAAUGAGUGCAUCGUGCAGCUCAAGGAGCUGCUGCCAGAGAACUUGAAGCUAGCGACGCUGGGACACCUGGAGAAGGCCGUGGUGCUGGAGCUCACGGUGCAGCACAUGCAGGCCCUCACCGCGCUCUCACAGCAACAGAAGGAGCACAUCGCCGCCCUGCAGAGCGGCGAAGCGAACGCUGCCAUGGGCUCAUCGUCAUCACCGCCAUCGUCGUCACCGCCAUCGACUCCCCUCUCAUCGUCGCUGUCGUACAGCGCUGGCUACGAGUCGUGCGCCCGCGAGGUCAUGUCCUACCUGGGACGCACGGAGCGCGCCUCUGGACCGCGGCUCCUUAGCCACCUGCAGCGCGCGGUCGGACGCGUUGAGCUCGAUCCAAGUCCGCCCGCCGAGAACAACCACCAGCAGCAGCAGCUGAUGCCGGCGAAGGUCCAGUACCUGCAACAGAGGGCGCAGCAGUCACACUUCUCCAGCAGCAGCAGCAGCAGCGGCAGCGGCAGCAGCAGCAGCGGCGGCGAUGACGAGUCGGCGCCCCGGCGCAACUGCGUGCCGGUCAUCCAACGCGCUUGCGCCGCCGCCGCCACCGCCGGCGACGCGAGCGGCAGCGACGACACGGACACGGACAGCGGCUACGGCGGCGAGGGCGCCGGGCCCUCCCCGGCGGAGCCGUCCGGGGGGGCGGAGCGCACGACCCCCCCGCCGCCGCCGCUGCCGCGCGUCAAGCGCGAGGGCGACGCGCCCGAGGCCCCGUGCGGCGGCACCGUCGCGAAGCGGCCCCGGCCGUCGAGCCCGCCGACGGAACGGCCGCGCGCGGGCACCGUCUCGCGCGGGCAGCAGCAGCUCGCGCCGCCGCCGCCGCCGCCGCCCCACCCGGCCCUGUGCCUGCCCUUCUACCUGUUCCCCCCGUCGGCGGCGUACCUGCAGCUGCUGCGGGAGAAGAGCGGCCUGCGCGACUACGCGUGGCCCGCGCAGCCGUUCCCCUUCGCGUACGGGCCGCAGCAGCCGGCGCCGCGGCCUGUCUCCCCGCACCGGGGCGACUGAGCGGCCGACGGUCGCUCGAGAGGAGAGGGAGAGAGAGACGCUCUGCGACCCGCGCACGAGAGACGCGCCUCGGGCUCGCGGUCGGCGGAGGUCCCCUCUCGUGAACGAUUUUGUAAAGAAAGAGGGAAGGGGAUAAAACAAAAAACCCUCGCACGAACUUUGCGGCCAGCCCCCCACCCCCCCCACCCCGCGCAAAAGGCGACGCCACGCUACGAGAAACGGGACAACGUAGAGAAUUAUCCACGACGCAGAGCCACUGCAGCACAUCGUGUGUGUGUGUGCGUGCGCAGUGCAAAGCGAUAACGCUAAGUUCAUUCCGAUGAUGAUGACUCCCUCCCAGUGAUGAAGUGAUCUACAUACACACGUACACAUCAGCACGCACGCACGCCCAUCCACGGAUACGCGUUGGGGUCAAGGUCAAGAUGUCAUCGUGUCUGGGUGUAACCUGCCCCUUGUUCAGCCUGCACCACGUGCAGCAACAUCCUCUUCCCGACGGCAUCGACAGCACACGAGGGAAACGUUGCCUGCAAAUUACUCAAUUGGGUAAAUGUACGCAGCAACAUCGCCCUCUCCUGGCACUCUACAGAAUAUCCAUCCGUGCCACACCGUGCCUUUGUGAUAGCGUUGUGCAAUAAGAAUGGCACGAAUACCAACUCUACCAUGAAUAUUUUAAUAGUAUAGCUACGUCUGAAUGUCCACGUUGCUUCCCCUAUCCUGCCACGCGAAUUCUAAUUUCCUACGCGUGCACUCGUUAUAUUCAAGGGUUAGAAGCGUCUUCUGUUUGGGGUUUUUUUUCCUUCAAGUCCAGUUCUGAGAAACGCCAACGCAACUCUCCUGCAUCAAGCACACGUCCCUGAAUACCGAGUUCGGCCUCCCCACCCCAAAAACACGCGCCCAAAUGCGUGCACAGUCACGCACGCGUGCACAGGCACACACAAGAGUCACGCACGCGUGCACAGGCGCACACACACACCCGCUCCCCUGACAUCAGACGGAGCGUGAGACGCGUGGCAUCGUGGAAACAAAUCUCGCACGACGGUGCGUUGGCAGAAAAACAGCAUCGGUCGCUUCGCAAUCUUUACAUCUUUGCGCACAUUGCAUAUAUGAGGAUUAUUUAUUUUUUAUUUAGCCCUUUUUUAUUAUUAUUACAAGAGUCCAUUCGGAAACCUCUAGUGGCGGUGCGCUCCGUGCGCGAGAGAACGGCUCUGCGAGAUGUCCCGCUGAACUCCUCUCGACAACAACGAAAAAUCCAUCGAGUGGCCGUCUGCAUCUUGCCAACGCACUCCGCUACGAUGCGGCCACGCCAACGCUUUAAUUCAGUGCCAACUUAAUUGAAGAACGAGAAAUUGGCGACUGUGAUUUUAAUCCAGCGAUGGCCGUCUCUCAGAACGUUGACCUCACGCGAUCAGGAACAAUUUAAAAACAUCAUUUGGGGAAGACAUUGAACAAGUCGGAGGGAGUCAUAGACACUUCAAUAAACAACAAAAAUAUAUAAAUAUACAGCACCUGUGAUAUAUAUAGGAUAAACAACUUAAAUGUGUCAAGAGUGAGUAAACGGUUCGGCAUAGAGGCUUUUGCUGCCCAUGCCUUUGCUGACAAAUAGCAUCGAUCAAUGAUCGUGGUUUAAAUUUCCCUUCAAAUGGACUUUUACAUUUGCACCAUAAAACACAUUGGUCGUCGUAUAUUAUAACUCAACCCGUACACGGCAUUGUCCGUGCGGCAAUACGUAAUAUAUUUUGUGUAGGCGCGCAUUGUCGUCGCAAAUGACAUUGCAUAGUACUUGGAGCGAUGGGCAUUAUUGUGUGUGUGUGUGAUUAGAUGCUGAGCGCGCGUGUGUGUGUGCAUAGACGCUGUGUGUGUCUGUGUGUCUCGUUGCUGUGUAGUAGCCAAGGCUGGUCCGGGCAAGUGAUCACUGAUUUCCAUAGCACGAGUCGAGGAUUACGUCGGCAUAUAAAUACGCAUAUGCUGCUGCUGAUGCUGUUGUUUUGUAAAACGCCUGCGUUGAUGAAAUGGCCGGGGUGAAUUUGCAAUUUGGUUCCGAUUUUGGCCGAUUUUGACCGCCAACAUUUACCGAAAGGUUUUUCUGUUGCGGAAAAAAAGAAAACGUACAAUUUAGUUGGCCAAAUUUGGGCACAUUUAAAAAAGGUAUAUAUUUUAAUUGCCCAAAUAUAUCAAAUAUAUAUUAGUUGCCAAAAUCUGGACAAAUUUGGUCGAUGCUACCCACAGUUGGGCAACUGUGAUUGCAACUGCGGGGAGGAGAGUGGCAACUUCCAAUCGGAUCGCAGGCGGUGGCAACAUGAGCGUCGCUUUCCCACGAGGCUGGUGCUGAAUGGCCAGGCAGGACGCGUCGUGGUUGUCAUCUUUUAUCGCGGUCAACGUGUUGCCAUGGCAAUUGGCCGGCUACAAUUGUCCUAGAAAUAAAGUCCCCCCCCCCCCCCCAGCCUAAGCGCAUCGUGGACCUUUAGGGCGGCCAAUUUUUGGGACGGCGAAUUCGAAUUGUGGCCAUGUCAACUUCUGUCGCCAUUAUCACCAUAAUUAGUCAUCAUGAUCCCUCCAGGGUGGAUAAAAAGAGUAGCACCUUGGUGAGUCUGCACUUAUUGGUGGGGGAGCGGUUUCUCUGAUUAAGAGCAAACUGCUCAAUGCCAUAGAUCUGUGGCAAAUCUCACCACUGCCUAAGCAUUUCCAAUGAUGACUGAUGAUGAUGACUACGACGAUGAUGCCGAUGAUGAUGGGUACCUCCCCAGGCCCGUUUUAACACGGGAGGAGUCACUGAUGACGACUCAUUUUGACUUUGUACUCAAAUUGCACAAUUCUGAACGCACCUUUAGAUUUAAUUUCGUGUCUAGCGUUGCACUUUGACUUUGCAAAGUGACGUGCUGUGGUGAUGAUGAUGACAAUGAUAAUAAUGGUAACAAUUAUGAUAAUACAUUGUGCGCGCGCGCGCGUGUGUGUGUAUAUAUGUAUAUGAAUAGCUGGUACUUUGCCUGUGCGUGGUAAUGUGUAUUGUAACGGACAUCUCCUGUGCCCCACGUGCCUGGCUUUUUUGAGCUGCCACGUGCCGUUGUCAGUCGUUCCGUCUCGUUAUGGUGCCUUAGUUUGGGGCUCUCCCGAGUCCGCGUUAGGAAAUGUUCCUCCGCAAUGUUAUCUCAAAGAGACCGUAGGUUUAUGCUAAUCAUCGUUAACCCUCUCAAGCCAGUCGACGACAUUAAGUGGAAGGUGUAUUGACAACGCGCUGUACAAAAUCACAGAGCGACGCGCGGACGACAACGUGACUUCUAUAACGCAACCAUUAAAUAAAAGUCAAGAGUUUCUAAGCGCUCGGCCAUUUUUGU